GUUUCUGUUGCUUUCUCUUGUACUAUCUUCCCCGAGGCCCGCCUAUACAUUAAUGGAAAAAAAGUCAGUGAACAAACACAAAACAGCCUUGAAGAUGUUAUUAUUUCUAAAGACAAGACAUACAAUAAGGAUGGAGUGGGAAAUUUUGCCCCUCCUGGUUUAGAAGGUGAGACAGAGAUUGAGUGCAUAUAUGUUGAAGAAAGAGUUAGAAGUGAAUUGUCGCAUAAGAAGGAGAAAUGGUUAGAAGAUAAAGCUGUUGUAUGUUUAAGAAGCAAAGGUGUUAGUUAUGUAGAAACAGGUCGUACAAACAAUUUUCAGCAAAAUCUUCAAAUAUUACCAGGAGAAUCAUAUUAUAACAAUACUAAAGAAAAAUUAUCAUUAGGCUUUAUUCCACCACAAUUGGAAUUUAACUUUUACCCAAUUAAUAAAGGUUAUUUUGUUUUAAUUGACUUUUCUAUUAAAAUAAAAAAAGUGCACAAUUUCUUGUUGUCUAAAUUAUUUGGGAUUGAUCCUGAUUUUACAACAGCAUCUGUUGGCAUUGAAGCAAAAGUCCUUCAUCAAACUUCAAAUUCUGCAUAUACUAUUUUGGCAUUGAAACCAAAAAAUGAAUAUAUAUAUUAUGAAGAUUAUAUUUCACUUCAUAGUACUUGGGAGGUCUUUUUAGUACAUUGGGCACAAUAUAUAUUCUACUUUUUGGAUCUUCAAGGCUAUCUUCUUGGCAAAAGAUAUAUUUCUAGAGCUGGGAUUUCUUUAGUUGAUAAUCCAUGUGAGCUACUAACUGGUGCCACUAUAGAAGAUAGAGUCGCAACAUUGGAAAUAAUGUUGAGAGACUUUUAUUUAGAUGAAAGUUUCUUAUUA